AAGCGGAAGUAUUGGUUUUCUCUGAAUGAGUUGCAUUUCUAAAGUACUAAAAAAACAACAGCAGAGGACAUUGCAGCCGAUAAAUUGAACUUUUUAGUGUGCAAGUACUUUUUAUGUAUUUGAUUUUAGUAGCUACUUUCAAUUGGACACAUGCACUGCCAAAAGAGUUGAAGCAACUUUUCUAGUUUUGUAUAGUUUCGGGUGUGUUGCUCGAUAGUCCAUUGCUGUGGCUCAGCUGGGGUUUUCUUAGGUUUUGUUUAUUUUUGCAUCAACCUCGCUGGACCUGUCGGAAGGCAACGGAGUCAGCUUUGUAUGCCCUACACGAUACGUCUGAAUAAAACUGGACGCGUAAGAAGGCGCAAUACGCAGAUCUACUUAGGCUGGUGCGGCUUCGUUGUUGUGCCACCCGAGUCGCAACUUCUCGAUGGAUGUGCUGCUGGACUUCUCUGAGAGCAUCCGGGACUCGCCGGCCUUCAGGAUAAACUUAGAAGCAUGUGAGAAUGAAGUGACGGAACUGGAGAAACAUUUGGACAAGGUGGUCAAAUUAUGCUCCAAGAUGGUAGAAGCUGGCCAAGCAUACAAUGCUGCAAAUCAGCUUCUUGUGGAUGGACUUGAGGAGUUUCUUCAGUAUUACAAGAAAGACAGGAUAGUCAUGGCCUGCCUGUCUCAGUUCAAUCAAGGGCUGCGGGAGAUGAUCCAUUUCCACAUGAUGUUGUUUGACCAGGCACAGAGAUCACUAAUUCAACAAUUACAAUCUCAGCUUAUACAGUCAAUCCCUCAGCUAAAGGAAACUAGAAGAGAGUUCCUCAGAAUCAGAGAAGAUCUGGAUGUUGCAAUAGUCAAGAAUGCCCAGGUAUCCCGGAAUAAACCUCAGGAUGGAGAAAAAGCCAGUCAUCUCUUGCUAGCCACCCGAAAAUGUUUCCAGCACUUUGUCCUUGAUUAUGGACUGCAGUUGAACCAUUUCAAACUACAGCUGAAGCUGGAUAUUUUAAAUUCGAUAUUCUCUUAUUUCCAUGCCCAAUAUACAUUCUUUCACCAAGGCUACGACCUCCUCAAGGAUCUAGAACCAAGCAAGAAAAAAAUGGCAGAACAGCUAGCUCAGCUUACAACUGAUGUCACUACAAAGCGAAGAGAAGUGGACUAUGCUCAUCAGUUGUCUCAGCAGAAGGAUGUUUUAGAUGACAGCACCAACAACCCAAAGGAUAAGCUCACAGUUGAAGGCUACCUGUUUAAGAGGUCAAGGAAGAAAACAAAAGUUUGGAACAGAUACUGGUUUUCCAUCCAAAAUAACCAACUUGUAUAUGUGAAAUCUCACAAGGAAGACCCAGUCCUUAUGUUUGAUGAUUUGAGACUGUGCACUGUGAAAGCUUUGGACAACAUUGAACGUCGCUUUUCUUUUGAGGUGGUCUCUGUCCAAAAGAGCUGCAUGCUGCAAACUGAUACGGAAGGCCUGAGGAGGGCUUGGGUUGCAUCCAUUCAGGGCAGUAUUGAUAUGGCCUACCGGGACAAGACCGAAUCAACUUAUCCACAGGCUGUGCUCAGUCAACCUUCCCUUUCAGCCACUGAUGUUCAGCAAAACACAUCUUCUGGCAAGGCAUCUAUCUUAAGGGUUGUGCAGCAGGGAGGUGGGAACCAUCAGUGUUGUGACUGUGGGCAGCCUGAGCCACGGUGGGCCAGCAUUAACCUGGGCAUUACCCUCUGCAUUGAGUGUUCAGGGAUCCACAGGAGUCUUGGAGUUCAUCUCUCAAAGGUCCGUUCAGUCACUCUGGAUUCCUGGGAGCCAACACAGCUAAAGCUCCUCUGUGUCUUGGGCAAUGAUAUCAUCAACAGUAUAUAUGAAGCUAGAUGUUUUGAAGAAGGUGCUGUGAAAGUGACUGCGGCCAGCUCUUGGCAAGAAAAGGAGGCAUGGAUCAAAGCAAAGUAUGUUGAAAAGAGAUUUGUGAAGAAACCCUCAUUUUCCAUGCAAGGUCAAAGCUUGGUGGCAUCACAGACUGUCAGCAGUGAACAACAUCUUGGGUUGCAGCUGUAUCAGGCUGCACAGGAGGGCCACCUAGGUAAUAUGGCAGCCGCACUUGCUCAAGGAGCGGACAUCAAUUGGGCUAACAAGGAAGAGGAAGGACGCACACCAUUAAUCAGUGCUAUGCAUGGGGAUUCUCUCGUUGCUUGUGAAUUCCUUCUGCUGAAUGGUGCAAAUGUUAACUACCGAGAUAACUGUGGUCAAGGAGCUUUGCAUGCAGCAACCUAUAGAGGGCACACUGGCCAGGUCUGCCUGUUACUCAAGAGGGGAGCCAAUCAGUAUGCAGUCGAUGAGAGAGGACUAGAUCCAUUGAGUAUUGCAGUGGAAGCUGCGCAUGCAGACAUCGUAACGCUGUUACGGAUUGCCCGGAUGAAUGAGGAGAUGAGAGACUCGGAGGGGAUUUUUGGAUCACUAGGUGAUGAUGAAACAUUUCAAGAAAUCUUCCGCGAUUUCACCCAUAUGGCAUCCAACAACCCAGAAAAGCUUUCCCGCCGUCCCCUUAGAAAAGAGAGCAAGGAAAGCGAAGACCAAAAAGUGUCACCAGAUAGGACAGAUGGUGAGAAAGAAGAGGAGGGUGACUCGGCAGUAAGCCCUAAAGAGCCUGCUCAAGAUGUUUGUGAAGAAAUGGUCUCAUUAAAUUAGGAGAGAGAGACUCAGGAUGUGGGGAACAUCAACUCUUUAACACUUCUAAUCUCAUAGUUUUACAAUUCAUCUUCUUAAUAGCCUUUUGUAGGCUACUGGAACAGUCCUAUGGAGUCAUGCCUCACAUGUACGUUGUGUUUUGUACAGUCAGCAGCACCUUGUUUUCAAUAUUUUGAAAUGUAUAGAUUAAAUAGGACAAUGACAUCUUCACUUGACAAAGCCUUAACACAAUUAUGUUUUAAAGUAACAAGAUACAGAGUCCCCCCUAGGUUCCUGAUUCCUCCCUUGUGCCUCAGAGGCUGUGGGGAGAGGCGAGAGGCCCUUGUGACCCUAAAGCAGGUAAAGAAGUUGAGAUGGAAGGACUGACGGACAAGCUGCUUGUGAUCUACUAAGGACUUGGAGUAGACCUACUAGAAUUGUGCUGUGCUGUUGGAGACGCACAUUGGUUUAUAUUUGUAAUGUUAGUAGGAUUAUGGCAGGAGUUCCACUAACCUGAUCUCCAUGUAUGGGGGGUUCACUGUAUUGGGCUAAGCUUUACAUUGGAGGAGAUGACAGCACAUGAUAUGUUAUGGCAGCUGUCUUCUAGGAGGGAGGGUGUGGUGGCAGCAUGUAGUGAUUUAGAGAUGGGCGGGAGGGGACACUUCAGUUCCUCCUCACCUCCUGCUGAGAACAGCUGCAGGGCCAUAGUGACAUAAGCUACAAAAGGUGCUAUAUACAGUGCAUCUGGAAAGUAUUCACAGCGCAUCACUUUUUCCACAUUUUGUUAUGUUACAGCCUUAUUCCAAAAUGGGUUAAAUUAAUUUUUUUCCUCAGAAUUCUACACACAACACUCCAUAAUGGCAACGUGAAAAAAAGUUUACUUGAGAUUUUUGCAAAUUUAUUAAAAAUAAAAAAAUUGAGAAAGCACGUGUACAUAAGUAUUCACAAUCUUUGCCAUGAAGCUCAAAAUUGAGCUCAGGUGCAUCCUGUUUCCCCUGAUCAUCCUUGAGAUGUUUCUGCAGCGUAAUUGGAGUCCACCUGUGGUAAAUUCAGUUGAUUGGACAUGAUUUGGAAAGGCACACACCUGUCUAUAUAAGGUCCCACAGUUGACAGUUCAUGUCAGAGCACAAACCAAGCAUGAAGUCAAAGGAAUUGUCUGUAGACCUCCGAGACAGGAUUGUCUUGAGGCACAAAUCUGGGGAUAGUUACAGAAACAUUUCUGCUGCUUUGAAGGUCCCAAUGAGCACAGUGGCCUCCAUCAUCUGUAAGUGGAAGAAGUUCGAAACCACCAGGACUCUUCCUAGAGCUGGCAGGCCAUCUAAACUGAGCAAUUGGGGGAGAAGGGCCUUAGUCAGGGAGGUGACCAAGAACCCGAUGGUCACUCUGUCAGAGGUCCUCUGUGGAGAGAGGAGAACCUUCCAGAAGGACAACCAUCUCUGCAGGAAUCCACCAAUCAGGCCUGUAUGGUAGAGUGGCCAGACGGAAGCCACUCCUUAGUAAAAGGCAAAUGGCAGCCCGCCUGGAGUUUGCCAAAAGGCACCUGAAGGACUCUCAGACCAUGAGAAAUAAAAUUCUCUGGUCUGAUGAGACAAAGAUUGAACUCUUUGGUGUGAAUGCCAGGUGUCACGUUUGGAGGAAACCAGGCACCGCUCAUCACCGGACCAAUACCAUCCCUACAGUGAAGCAUGGUGGUGGCAGCAUCAUGCUGUGGGGAUGUUUUUCAGCGGCAGGAACUGGGAGACUAGUCAGGAUAAAGGGAAAGAUGACUGCAGCAAUGUACAGAGACAUCCUGGAUGAAAACCUGCUCCAGAGCACUCUUGACCUCAGACUGGGGCGACGGUUCAUCUUUCAGCAGGACAAUGACCCUAAGCACACAGCCAAGAUAUCAAAGGAGUGGCUUCAGGACAACUCUGUGAAUGUCCUUGAGUGGCCCAGCCAGAGCCCAGACUUGAAUCCGACUGAACAUCUCUGGAGAGAUCUUAAAAUGGCUGUGAACAGACGCUUCCCAUCCAACCUGAUGGAGCUUGAGAGGUGCUACAAAGAGGAGUGGGCGAAACUGGCCAAGGAUAGGUGUGCCAAGCUUGUGGCAUCAUAUUCAAAAAGACUUGAGGCUGUAAUUGCUGCCAAAGGUGCAUCGACAAAGUAUUGAGCAACGGCUGUGAAUACUAAUGUACAUGUGAUUUCUCAGUUUUUUUAUUUUUAAUAAAUUUGCAAAAACCUCAAGUAAACUUUUUUCACGUUGUCAUUAUGGGGUGUUGUGUGCAGAAUUCUGAGGAAAAAAAUGAAUUUAAUCCAUUUUGGAAUAAGGCUGUAACAUAACAAAAUGUGGAAAAAGUGAUGCGCUGUGAAUACUUUCCGGAUGCGCUGUAAAAUUAGUUUUAUUUUUUUCAGUAACCAAUACUUCCUUACAUAGAAAGGGUGCUCACUCCUCUUUACAGUGACUCCUAAGGUGAGCCUUCAGGGUUUUACUCCUCUCUGUUUUUGCAACAAGCUCGUAAUGGAGUGCAGCCAUCAUGCAAGACUUGUUUAAAAAUCAUAACAUAUACUCUGCUCAUUUUUUUUUUCCCUUCAAGCUUCAUUUUAUUUUAAUGAGUGCAUUUUAAAUACAAUUUUCAGAAAGCUACAUUUACAAAGUCCAACAUACCGAACACAAUUAACAAAACAAAUAUACAGAUAAAUUGAAAAUGUACAGUCUUUCAUUCUUUAUUUACAGUGAAGUAGCCGACAGCAUGCUGGCACCACCCUGUAGGUGAAGAUGUGCGAAACAAUGAGAGCGCGAGAGUACAGGGGUCAUUUCAAGAGGAUGAGCCUCCUCCGUGAUGUAGUCAAAAAGAGUGGUACAGUAGUUCAUAUCUUGUUCUCUUCUCAUCUGGAGAGCCACAGGUUUCUGGGAAAGUAAAA